AUGGGUUAUCUCAGCAAGAGGCCUAAGAUGAAACAGGUUUUACAUUACAUAUCUGACAAAGAAAAGGAAGAAUUCACCAAAGAUGACGUAGAAAUUUAUAAGAAGUAUGCAAAAAUUAAUAGAAAUGUCAUCUCUAUAAUAUUCUGUUUAACUAUGUCAGCAGCACUUCCCUGGUACAUAGUAGCUUUUAAAGCUUCUUUUGCUGAACAAGUUAAUCCAAAUUGUCCAAUUGGCCGAGGUCUAUGUUUCCAACUAUGGUAUCCAUUCAACCUUUACCAGAGCCAGUACUGGCUCACCAAAACAGCUGAUACUUUACUAUUUUAUAUAAUGUUCUUCGCAUUGACCUACACCAGAGUUAUCACAGUGCUCUUUAUGGUGUAUGUUCUGGGACAGAUAAAAAUCGUACAGAAUAGGAUUAAGAGCGUUGAUUCUACAAGUGAGGAAUUGAUGAAAGAAAAGAGAAUAGACUACGACAGUGCUAUAUUCGAAACAGUUACUGAAUGUGCAAGGCAGUAUGCAGAGGUUCAAAGUGGUCGCACAAAGAGAAUUAUUUCUGCAAUGUAUGCAAAACAGUCUGCAGCAAGUUACGAAGACAGCUGCGAUUCAUCAGAUGAGAAAUUCAGUUCCACAGAUUCCAUAAACGAUCUUGCUUAUGUUCCAAGAUCGUUAAAUUCUGAUGAUUCUGAACCUGCUGCUCAGAGUGGAGAAGUUGCUAACAUUAUCUACAAUGAAACUGGAUGGACAAACUACAACUCGAAAGCAAGGAAAAUCUUGUUGAUAGUAAUGAUGAGGUCUCAAAGACCGUUGACAUGUAAUUCGGCCUUUAUUGGUGAUAUGACCAUCGACACAUUCAAGAACAUGGGUACCGGGUACCAAGAAUUCUUGUCUCAAAAUAGGAAAUCAAAGAUUAACAUAGGUAACUGGAAUAGUAAGAGAUGA